AUGUGGCCAUUCCAAGUUGAGGUGUAUGUCACUAUCAAGGGGACAGAGGUACUGACAACGGCCGACUCUCAGAAAUGGCCACACCAGCUGAACGCCCUGUUGGAACCCGAGUCUAGAUGUCAGCCAAAGGUCUGUGCCCAGCACCUUGGGUGUGUUGGACUGAGUUGCUUCCGUUUGACUGUAAAAUCAGUAGAAGACGGGAGGAAUGACCCACUGGCAACUGACGUGAUCCGAAUUAGUCACUACAGGUUCACCUUUUCAGACCUGCGAGUGGAGGCGACUGUAUUGGAGAAAGGAUAUUGGGAAGUCAAAGCUACUACUGCCUUUCAGUUCCUGCAGCUCUGUCACUCACUCAUUGAAGAGAGCUCGCCAUCUGAAAGGAGAAGCAGCCUUAAUUUUGAAACAAAAGCUCAGCGUAAGGCAUGUCACUGUGGGAUCACGUUUUCUAACGCGAAGCCUGUGCUGGCCUUGUCUACCAGGGCAUUGGAGGUCCAAGCGCAGAGGUAUGUGGGGUUAGAAGGAAGAGAAUGUCUUCAAGAAUGUUCCAACGUAAAUGGCAGAGAUGUGAGCUACUGGCAAGAACUCGUAUGCAAGCGUUUAACUGACAAUUUCAACAAGUGUUCCGAACCAAAUGUUCAAAGGUUGAAAUGGAUAGUUUCUGGGCAUACAGCAUGGCAACAGAAGCAUAGUUACUGCAAGAUAACUCACCUUCCAACAUGUCCUGAAACAAUUCCUUAA